AUGCCCAUGCGAGCAGGCACGCUGGGCACGAAGCGCGGACUCAUGGCGUCUUCUGCAGACUCGCUCAAGGUCACUCUGCACGGAAAAGGCGGACAUGCCAGUCAACCGCAUAGAUUGGUCGAUCCGGUAGUCAUGGCUGCAAGCACGGUGAUGAGGUUGCAGACCAUCGUCAGCAGAGAGGUUGAUCCUGCUGACAGUGCCGUGGUCACCUGUGCUUGCAUUAUCGCUGGAGAUGCGGAGAACGUGGUUGCAGACGAUGCUAUACUGAAACUGGAUCUAAGAGCCGUCAAUGACGAGACCAGAAGCAAGGUCCUGAGCAGUGUGAAGAGAAUUGUCACAGCCGAGUCGAUGGCCAGCGGCGCCGUCAAGGACCCUACCUUCGAGACGACGAGAAACUUCCCGCUUACUAUCAACGACGAAGAAGUCACAGAGCGUCUGGAAGACAGCUUUAGCAAGCACUUUGGAACCAGUGAACAUUCAUACACGAGUUCUGCAACAAAGCUGGGUGGUAGCGAGGAUUUUGGCAUCNUUGGGUAG